GCUCGGCCCCGCGCGCGUGCGUGGUGGCGCAGCCAAGCGCUGACAGGGGCCGAGCCGCGCUAGCCAGUGCAGGGUUGGCACCGUGGAGGCGGCGGCGCGCGGCGGUGAGGCAGCUGGACAUCCCCCGCCGGGCAGAUGUUUCUGGACCAGAUGACACUUGAGGAGCCUCCCAGCUCUGAGACACUAGGCUAGGAAACCCCAGUCUGGAUCUGCAGAAGAUUCUCCUGUCCUCUCCGCACAAUGUCAGGAAGUCACGUACCUUCUGCCAAUGGCCCCUUCUCAGCCCUGACUCCGAGUAUGUGGCCCCAGGAGAUCCUGGCCAAGUACGCGCAGGAGGAGGCCACCGUGGAGCAGCCAGAGUUCUGCUAUGAUGAGUUCGGGUUCCGCGUGGACAAGGAAGACGCAGAUGGCACCCCCUAUUCCGGCCAGCUGCUGGAGGACCCGCCCCAGAGGCUGCGCUGGCAGGCCCACCUGGAGUUCACCCACAACCACGACGUGGGGGACCUCACCUGGGACAAGAUCGCCGUCUCCCUGCCACGCUCGGAGAAGCUCCGCUCCCUGGUGCUGGCCGGGGUCCCCCAUAGCAUGAGGCCACAGCUGUGGAUGCGGCUGUCUGGGGCCCUGCAGAAGAAGAGGAACUCCGAACUGUCCUACCGAGAGAUCGUGAAGAACAGCUCCAACGAUGAGACCAUUGCUGCCAAGCAGAUCGAGAAGGACCUGCUCCGCACCAUGCCCAGCAACGCCUGCUUCGCCCACGUGAGCGGCGUCGGGGUGCCCCGCCUGCGCAGGGUGCUCCGAGCGCUGGCCUGGCUCUACCCGGAGAUCGGCUACUGCCAGGGCACGGGCAUGGUGGCUGCCUGCCUCCUGCUCUUCCUGGAGGAGGAUGACGCCUUCUGGAUGAUGUGCGCCAUCAUCGAGGACCUGCUCCCUGCCUCCUACUUCAGCACCACCCUGCUGGGCGUGCAGACGGACCAGCGCGUCCUGCGGCACCUCAUCGUCCAGUACUUGCCUCGCCUGGACAGGCUGCUCCAGGAGCACGACAUUGAGCUGUCGCUCAUCACGCUGCACUGGUUCCUCACGGCCUUCGCCAGCGUGGUGCACAUCCGCCUGCUGCUCCGCCUCUGGGACCUGUUUUUCUACGAGGGCUCCCUGGUGCUGUUCCAGGCCACGUUGGGCAUGCUGCGCCUCAAGGAGGACGAGCUGAUCCAGUCGGAGAACUCGGCCUCCAUCUUCAACACGCUGUCAGACAUCCCGUCACAGCUGGAGGACGCGGACCUGCUGCUGGCGGAGGCCAUGCGGCUGGCGGGCUCGCUCACCGCCGUGGCCGUGGAGACCCAGCGCCGCAAGCACCUGGCCUACCUCCUGGCCGACCAGGGCCAGCUCCUGGGCGCCCCCGCCACCACUGGCCUCUCUCAGGUGGUCCGCCGCAGGACUCAGCGGAGGAAGUCUGGCAUCACAUCGCUGCUCUUUGGGGAGGAUGACCUGGAGGCGAUGAAGGCCAAGAACAUCAAGCAGACGGAGCUGGUGGCUGACCUUCGGGAAGCCAUCCUGCGUGUGGCCCGCCACUUCCAGUGCGCGGACCCCAAGAACUGCAAUGUGGAGCUGACCCCGGACUACAGCAUGGAGAGCCACCAGCGGGACCAUGAAAACUACGUGGCCUGCUCGCGCGGCCACCCGCGCCGAGCCAAGGCCCUGCUGGACUUCGAGCGCCAUGACGACGACGAGCUGGGCUUCCGCAAGAACGACAUCAUCACGAUCGUCUCUCAGAAGGACGAGCACUGCUGGGUGGGCGAGCUGAACGGCCUGAGAGGCUGGUUUCCAGCCAAGUUCGUGGAAGUCCUGGAUGAGCGGAGCAAGGAGUACUCCAUCGCGGGGGACGAUGCUGUGACAGAGGGGGUCACAGACCUAGUGCGAGGGACCCUCUGCCCGGCCCUCAAGGCCCUAUUUGAACACGGACUGAAGAAGCCUUCACUGCUCGGGGGCGCCUGCCACCCCUGGCUGUUCAUCGAGGAGGCAGCGGGCCGGGAGGUCGAGAGAGACUUCGACUCCGUGUACUCGCGCCUGGUGCUGUGCAAGACGUACAGGUUGGAUGAAGAUGGCAAAGUCCUGACCCCAGAGGAGCUGCUCUACCGGGCUGUGCAGUCUGUUAACGUGACCCACGACGCCGCACACGCACAAAUGGACGUGAAGCUCCGCUCCCUCAUCUGCGUGGGGCUCAAGUGCUGCACCUGUGGCUGGAGGUGCUCUGCUCCAGCCUGCCCACGGUGGAGAAGUGGUACCAGCCCUGGUCCUUCCUGCGCAGCCCCGGCUGGGUCCAGAUCAAGUGUGAGCUGCGGGUCCUCUGCUGCUUCGCUUUCAGCCUCUCCCAGGACUGGGAGCUUCCUGCAAAGAGAGAGCGACCACCCUGGCCCUGCCACCUGGCUUCCUCGCCGUGUGCCCAGCAGCCAUGACAGGAGGGCUGUCUCGUGCAGGAGGAGAAGAAGCCCUUGAAGGAGGGCGUCCAGGACAUGCUGGUGAAGCACCACCUCUUCAGCUGGGACAUCGACGGGUGACAUGCUCCUCCAGGGGCCCUGUCUCACCCAGGCGCCGCCCCCCCCCCGCCCCCCACAAAGCGAGGAGAGAACGGCCGGCCCUGGCCAGCCCCAAGCUGCAGGGUCGAGGGGAAGACAGGCUCCAGCGUUCUGACUGGGCACCGUGGUCGGGGGGGGGGGGGGCGGUGGUCAGAGUGGCAGAGGAGGGCAGAGGGUGGCAGGAACAGGCGGGGGUGCCCAGCUUUGCCAGGUCCCCCCAGGGCUGGAGCAGGGCCCUGUCCUGCCAGCGUCUUUACAGAGGCCCUGGGCCCAGCUCCAUGGUGCCGACCAAAAACCUCGUGAGGGGGUGGCGCGCCAGCUCUGGGCUGUCAGGUUUUGCUCAGGAAGAGGGUGGGGUGGCUGAAGGCUCCUGGGCCUCCGUGAUUUAUAAAUAAACUCUUGUCUUUGAGAAAGCA